GAACCCGGAUGGUCGAAUCCGGAUGUUAGCCUGUUAGCCGGUCCUCUGUCUGCGGAUUGAAGCGGUUUGUUCCCAAACUCUGGUUGAAGUUUGAGUUGGACGCAGAUAAAUAAGAUGUCUGAGUGAGCCCAGCUCUGAGCCACAGUUUAGUUUCUGAAGAGGAACCGGAUGAUCUGCUGCUGCUGAGCUCGUCCCCUUCUGUCCACCAGUGAGAUGCCGGUGGCGUCGGUGAUGAAGGCGUAGAUCAAACUCUCCUCACACUUCCUCAUGGAUUCCAGCGACGAGGCACUCGACAUCAUCGUCACCAACGUGGUGGCCACCUUCAGGACCAGGUGUCACCUCAACCUGAGGACCAUCGCCCUGGAGGGAACCAACGUCAUCUACAAGCCCGAAGUAGGGAAAGUUCUGAUGAAGCUCCGGAAACCGAAGAUCACAGCUUCAAUCUGGUCCUCAGGAAAGAUCAUCUGCACCGGAGCUACCAGUGAGGACGAGGCCAAGCUGGGAGCUCGUCGUUUGGCUCGCUGUCUGCAGAAACUUGGCUUCAAGGUGAGGUUCUCGGCCUUCAGGGUGGUGAACGUGUUGGCCGUCUGCUCCAUGCCGUUUGCCAUCCAUCUCAUAGACUUCACCAAGAACAACCGACCCAUCGCCAGUUAUGAACCAGAGCUCCAUCCUGCUGCUACCUACAGGAUCAAACACCUGAAGGCCACCAUCCAGGUGUUCUCUACCGGCAGCAUCACUGUUACAGGACCAAAUGUGCAGAACGUGGCCACGGCUGUGGAGGAGGUUUACCCUCUGCUGUUCGAGUGUCAGAAGCCGCUCUGCAAAUGAAGAAGCACCUGAACGCUGGACUGGUUGCACGCUGGACCGGUUCAACGCUGGACCGGUUCAACGCUGGACCGGUUUAACGCUGGACCGGUUUAACGCUGGACCGGUUGAACGCUGGACUGGUUUAACGCUGGACUGGUUUAACGCUGGACUGGUUUAACGCUGGACUGGUUUAACGCUGGACUGGUUUAACGCUGGACCGGUUUGACGCUGGACCGGUUUGACCCUGGACUGGUUGAACGCUGGACCGGUUUGACCCUGGAUUGGUUGAACACUGGACCGGUUUAACGCUGGACCGGUUUAACGCUGGACUGGUUGAACGCUGGACCGGUUUGACGCUGGACCGGUUUGACCCUGGACUGGUUGAACGCUGGACCGGUUUGACCCUGGAUUGGUUGAACACUGGACCGGUUUAACGCUGGACCGGUUUAACGCUGGACUGGUUGAACGCUGGACUGGUUGAACGCUGGACUGGUUGAACGCUGGACUGGUUGAACGCUGGACUGGUUUAACGCUGGACCGGUUGAACACUGGACCGGUUUAACGCUGGACUGGUUGAACGCUGGACUGGUUGAACGCUGGACCGGUUUAACGCUGGACUGGUUUAAUGCUGGACCGGUUUGACGCUGGACCGGUUUAAUGCUGGACCGGUUUGACGCUGGACCGGUUUAAUGCUGGACUGGUUUAACGCUGGACUGGUUGAACGCUGGACCGGUUUGACGCUGGAUUGGUUUGACGCUGGACCGGUUUGACGCUGGACCAGUUUAUCGCUGGACUGGUUUGACGCUGGAUUGGUUUAACGCUGGACUGGUUUCAUCCCUACAGAUAACUCCUCUGACUGAACCCAGCCGAGUCUCUCACACUUUGAACCCUGCUGUUGGAUCUUUGGGUUUUAACAAAACGUCUUCUGGACUCCGAGCAGAAGCUGAAGACGUUUUUACAUAAAGAUUCCGACAGUUUAAAGCUUCGGUAUCCGUAGACUCACCUUUAACGUCCUCUUCUCUGGAAGAAUCUCCGUCCAACAAAAGAUCUGCAUUAAAAGAGACGAAUCCGACCAGAGCUGCAGCCAUUCAUCAAUAUCAGCAAUGAUUUUAUUAAAAACAGUCUAAAUCCUGGAAAACACUGAUCCACUUUCUUUGACAUUUUCGAGACCAAACGGCUCAUUAUUCGUCCAGAAAACACUCGUUUUCAGCUCCAUGUUGGACUGUUCCAGGUGGACUCAGAUUCACUUUAUGCACCUCUUUCUGAUUUUCUUGUUUCGUUCAGUUUGUUUUCCACGUGUUUGUGAUUUUAUUGGUUUUAAAACAGGACAGGAAUCUCCUCGGCUUUCACUGAACACAGCUGCUGCUUUAUUAACAUUCAGAAAAAGAAGCUUUUUAUUGGAUCAGGAUGUAAAAACUGUCCAGAGCUGCAGCAGAGACGUGACGAGAAACGGCAGCAGCAUCAUCAUGGAGACGACACGUAUGUAAAUAACCCGUGACAGGAAGAACACGUUCGACGAUGCAGCUGAAGCUUCAUGACACUUGAAUUUUUUGUAUUUUGUAUGAAAAUAAAGUCCGAUGAAAAGGC